CUGUCAGCAGUUUCAACUCUGAUGGAAGCUUUUCAAGUGUGAAGCAACAGUGGCCGUAAUUUGUAUGGUUUGUCUCCAGGGGAAGGAAAGUGAGCCACUUUCCCUUUCACCCAAACAAAAAGCACUAAUUAAUAAAGUAAAGUUAGUUAAAGUCCCAAAUUUUCAAUUUCAUUUUCCUCUGCAGAUUCUAAUCUCAGCUCAACUCUCUCUCUACCAUUCAUUCCUUGCAUUUUUUCUCAACUAAUUCGGGUGUAGUGCUGUUGUGGAGAUCCGGGACUUGUUUAAUCUCUUAUGCCCCAUGAGGACUUUCUUCCCUGCUGAAUCCUGCAAAGAAACGCACCCAAAUGCUUUGAAUCCUCAGAGUUGGCUUCAAAUUGAAAGAGGGAAACUUCCCAAAUUGUCAUCACAACCCUCUUCUACGUCAAUAGAGUCUCUGAUCAAGGUCCCUCAGCCACCUAUACUUCCAUUCUUUAAGCCUAUUGAUUAUGUGGAAGUUUUAGCUCAAAUACAUGAGGAACUUGAGUCUUGUCCUGCGCAAGAGCGGUCAAAUUUGUUUUUGUUACAAUACCAGGUCUUUAGGGGCCUUGGGGAAGUUAAACUGAUGCGUAGAAGCCUUCAAGCAGCUUGGAAGAGAGCCAACACCAUUCAUGAGAAAAUUAUAUUUGGGGCAUGGUUGAAAUAUGAGAAGCAGGAGGAAGAGCUAAUAGCCGACUUGCUCGCCACUUGUGGUAAAUGUGCAAAGGAAUUUGGGCCUGUAGAUAUAUCAUCUCAUCUUCCAUUUAAUGUAAAUGCGAGUUCCCAAGACAGAAUGACCGAUGAGAACCACAUUUCGGAGUAUGUUACUUUUGUCAUUGGAAAUGAGAAGAUAAUUUGUGAUAGACAAAAAAUUUCUCAACUUUCGGCACCAUUUCAUGCAAUGCUAAAAGGGUAUUUCAGUGAAUCAUUCUCUGUAACUGUUGAUUUGUCUGAAAAUAAUAUCUCUCCUUUAGGUAUGAGGGCAGUAAGUUAUUUCAGUUUGACUGGAAGUUUAAUUGAAGUUCCUCCGGAUCUUUUGUUGGAGAUAUUAGUUUUUGCUAACAAAUAUUGCUGUGAAAGACUUAAAGAUGUUUGUGAUAGAAGACUUGCAUCCCUAGUUUCCUCCAGAGAUGAUGCUGUGGAGCUCAUGGAAUAUGCUAUUGAUGAGAAUUCAACUGUUCUUGCUGCUUCUUGUUUACAGGUCCUUUUGCGUGAUCUUCCAAACUGUUUGAAUGACGAUCGUGUGGUGGAGAUAUUUAUUCAUGCUGAUAGGCAACAGCUGGCAGUCAUGGUUGGGCCAGCUAUAUUUGCCCUUUUCUGUUUCUUAAGUGAAGUUUCUGUGAACCUUAAUUCUAGUUCAGAUACAACAGCUCUUAUCCUGGAACGGUUAGUUGAGUUUGCUGAGAAUGACAAGCAGAGAUUGCUGGCUUUACAUCAAUUGGGAUGUGUACGACUCUCAAGGAAAGAAUAUGAUGAAGCACGUAUUCUUUUUGAAGGGGCAGUAAAUGUAGGCCAUAUUUAUUCUGUUGCAGGUUUAGCUAGACUGGACUAUAUAAAGGGUGAGAAGCAUUUAUCUUACGAGAAGCUCAGCUCAGUCAUUUCAUCUGUUACUCCUCUUGGAUGGAUGUAUCAGGAAAGAGCGCUAUAUUGUGACAGUGAUAUAAGGUGGGAGAACCUUAAGAAAGCAAGUGAUCUGGACCCUACUCUUACAUAUCCUUACAUGUACAGGGCCACCUGUUUAAUGAGGACACAGAAUGCUCAAGCUGCACUGGCAGAAAUCAAUCGGAUUCUUGGGUUCAAACUUUCGUUAGAAUGCCUGGAAAUACGAUUUUUUAUCCAUCUGGCUCUUGAGGACUACAAAGCAGCUCUAUGUGAUGUUCAAACUAUUCUUACUUUACGUUCAGAUUAUAGAAUGUUUGAGGGGCGUGUUGCUGCAUCGCAACUGUGUACUCUUGUGCGUGAACAUGUUGAACAUUGGACAACUGCAGAUUGUUGGGCACGGUUAUAUGACUGUUGGUCUGCAGUUGAUGAUAUUGGGUCUCUAUCUGUUAUUUACCAGAUGCUUGAAUCUGAUGCGGCAAAAGGUGUUCUAUACUUCAGACAAUCAUUACUUCUCCUGAGGCUGAGCUGUCCUGAGGCAGCUAUGCGGAGUUUACAAUUAGCUCGGCACCAUGCAUCAAGUGAGCAUGAACGACUUGUAUAUGAGGGGUGGAUCUUAUAUGAUACAGGUCAUUAUGAGGAAGGGCUCCGUAAAGCUGAAGAGUCUAUCAGUAUCAAAAGAUCUUUUGAGGCCUUUUUUUUGAAGGCCUAUGCAUUGGCUGACUCUAGUCUAGAUCCUUCUUGUUCGUCAACUGUUAUUUCACUUCUAGAAGAUGCCUUGAAGUGUCCUUCAGAUAAUCUGCGCAAAGGUCAGGCACUUAACAAUCUUGGAAGUGUUUAUGUUGACUGUGGUAAAUUGGACUUGGCUGCUGAUUGUUAUAUCAAUGCCCUUAAAAUCCGACACACCCGAGCUCAUCAGGGUCUUGCUCGUGUUCAUUGUCUCAAGAAUGAUAAGGCUGCUGCUUAUAUGGAAAUGACUGAACUAAUUGAGAAGGCAAAAAACAAUGCAUCUGCCUACGAGAAGAGGUCUGAGUAUUGUGAUCGUGAACAAGCAAUGGCAGAUCUGGAGAUGGCAACUAGGUUAGAUCCACUUCGGGUGUAUCCUUACAGAUAUCGUGCUGCAGUGUUGAUGGACGACCGUAAGGAAGAGGAAGCCAUCGCGGAACUCUCUAGAGCCAUUGCAUUUAAAGCUGAUUUGCAUCUCUUACAUCUACGUGCAGCAUUCCAUGAACAUAAAGAGGAUGUCUUAGGUGCUCUAAGAGACUGUCGUGCUGCCCUCUCCGUCGACCCGAACCACCGAGAAAUGUUAGAACUUCACAGUCGAGUCAAUAGCCAUGAGCCAUGAGUGAAGAACUUGCAUGAAUUGUAACCGAUACUGAAGUGUGACCACCAUAACUAUUUCCGCUGCCAUCAGCUUCAGUCAUGAAAGCCAAUUGUAAAAUAGAGGGUAUAGUUAAAUUUUUAUGGAAAUUGUUAACAUUAGUACUUAGGGUUUAUUUUAAUUAAUUAAAAGUAAUGAUUUUUUAUUAGAUGAGAAAGCAUUUAUUACAUAAAAAUAUAAUAAAUGUUUUUUCUCUUUUUAAUAAAAAUGUAUUACUUUUAAAUGUUUGAAAUGAGCCCUAGUAAUUGAUGUUAAUAAAACUGAAUUAUUGUGCUGUUUAUAGUAAUGAGCGUGUGAAUUCUUACCAUUUUUUGCUCCGAGGGAGUGUUCCCAAUUUUGUAAUUGUUGAAUAUUUUGGUGUAUAUUGUGAGUGUCAAAUAUGUGGUUUAUUUCCCUUGUGCUUCUUGAUUAAAAUGGUGUACAAGCAAGGCAAUAUAUAAAGAUUUUUAUU